AUGAGACUGUCGGAGGCGCAAAUCAACAAAUUGAGCGAUGAAGACGAAGAAGUCGAUGACGAAAGCAUCUACACGUAUCUCAAGGCCAUGAACACUCUGGGCCACGCUUCACUUGUGCGAUCCGAUAAGGUGAACCAGUCGACUUUGGACCUCGUGCAAGGCUUGUUGCUUGACUGCAUCGAGUCGAUUAAGAUGUCGGAAGGACAAUUGGAGAAAUUCAAGGCAGUAGGGAUCGUCCUCUUGGGACAACAAGCUCUGAAGAAUCGAGAAUUUGCCGAGCAAGUGGUGCCGAUUUUGGGCCGGUUGAUACUCCAAACUGACAGCAAAAGCGGCACUCCAGAAUCCUCGGGACGGUCGGUUAUUCGCAUAAACGCUGUGAAAACUCUGGCCGAUCUGUGCGUCAGAUACACCGCCCUGGUCGAGCCUUUCUUGCCCGACAUGUGUGUAACGAUGAAGGACACCGACCCCAUGGUACGCGAGACAAUCGUUGUUAUAUUUGUGCAACUGCUUCUCGAAGAAUUCAUCAAAGUAAAGGGUGCCUUUUUUUAUCACAUACUGACCAUGCUGUCGGAUAGCGACGAGACGAUAAGAGAGCUGACGGUUUAUCUUAUAAAGGAGAGAUUGCUGGCAAAAAAUAAGUCGUUGGUAUCACAAUCUUUCAUCAAAGGCAUCUUCCAUUACAACAACUGUAAGCUCAAGCAUAAAUUCCAUGAAAGAAAAAUUAGGGAAAAGGAACGGAAUGUCUUGUUGUUGCCCGGCAAGAAGAACGAAAGCCGGCGAAGGAUAAUUUAUGAUUUUAUGCUGGAGCAUCUCGAUCCACCGAGUAAGUUGAAAAUUUUGAUGAAACUCAAUGCAGAGAUUUUCGAGGGGGCGUGCGAAAAGUUCAUCGACGUGAAGCAGAUUGAAGGCGCGUGUGUCGUGAAGGACGUUAUCUACAUAGUGUCGAACGAUCGGAUGCAGGCAUCGUCCACGUCGUUCCAGGACGACGACAUGCACGAAGAUGUUGCCGCUGCUGUCGAGAAUCAAAUUAACCAAGCAGUUAACGUGAUAGCCGAAGGCAUGAAGAAGUUUAAGUUUCAGAUCAUGACGCAGACGUUGAUGAAACUGCGGCAGUUUUUGAUUCAAAAUAAAUCACCCGGUCUGCUGGUGGACGUUUCAAAACUAUUGAGUAAACUCCUAUCAGAAUUCAAUAAAGACCAAAUCUCAGAGAUACUCGAUGAGUAUCCCGACUUGAGGAGGGACAUUGAUCGUGAUAUCAGUAUGAGUAAUGAUAUGACAGACGACAGUGAUUCUGAUUCGAGUGAAGAACAGUCCUCUGGGAAAAAGGCUCUCGAAAUCACAGAUGUCAGUAACGCGGAAGAGCAGUUGAGUGACGAUGUAGCAAAAAAAGUUUCCCAGGAAACAGUGGCCACGGAGCCACUAAAAACCCCAAAAGCUACACCGAGAAAAAUUUGCGAAGUCAGCUUGACCGGUAUGCCACGAAUGGUUUUACGUAGAUUUUCCGCUCUAACGUAUCCUGGUGUACAGGCAUGGAAAAGUCCAUCCCACAGCACUAUCGCUACGAUCUCCGAGCUGGAGCCAUCCAACAAAAGUACUUUAGAUGAAACUAACAUGUGCGUCGACGACUUGUCCGACUCGGAGUCAAUUCAAAAGCCAAAUAAAAUAGCCAGAUUAGCGGAAUCCGUUGCGGACGUUACAAUUUCGUGAAGGUAUAAACGCUGGACAAAUGUUGUUUCACGUGUAUAAGUGCAUGUGCUUUUCUUAUCUCAUACUUUAAUCUCGAUUCGUAUACCCGUACGAGUGUACAUAAAAUUGUUAUUUCUAGUAAUGUAAAUACUAUGUUUAAAGCUAUUUUUUAGUUUACAAGUGAAAAACUUAAAGUAUCGUUAAAUUUUUUUAAUUUUAUACCCAGCGCUCCAAGAGCAUUUGUGAGAAAUACGUUUAUAAGUAAUGAGAACCAAUAACUACAAAACUCAACGUACCUACCUUUCAGUUUACCAGAAAUCCUAUGAGCUAAUGCAUUGAUGGCUUGGGUUCGAGUUCUAAGUUCGUUUUCAAUAUCUGUAAGUACAAUACCAUUAAACCACGAGCAAUUUAAUUAAGAAGAAAGUUUCAAAUCACCUCGAUUUGUGUGCAUCGACAACGCCUCAUUUUGAAUACUUUUUACAAUAACGACACUUUUAAUCAUCGUGUCGAUAAGCUCCCGUGUCUCUUCAACCUAAUAAUAGCCGAUUUGUCAUUAAAUUUGUCGUAAAUCACACGAAACAAAAAAAUACAACACUUACUUGCUCCAAUAAUUCGUGAAUCCUUUUGUUAUGUGUGAUCUGUUUGUGAACGUUUCUUAGAAAACUGUUGCUUGGCAUCAAACUCUUCUUCCUUAUCUUGGAGAAAAAAAAAAAAAAUUAGUUUAAACAAUUCACACGAUUUGGCGCUUCGCCUACUAAAUAUGCCUCGAUCAGCAAUUAAAACAAUAUUUUAAAUAUGCAACACUAAAAACUUACUGCACAUAAAUCGGGCAUGCGAUCCCGCGUCAUGUUUGUGUAUAUUUUGUCAGUGAUGACUAGCGCGUGUAUUAAAAAUGACGUUAACGUCGUUGUCGGACAAAGACUAACGAAACGCUUCUCCUCGGAAGCGCGGCUCAGUUGGGCCGGCAGCACCUGUACCCACUUUUUACCACCACUACAUCUUUCUUAUCAGUUCACCGGCGGUUAUUGAUAAAACGCGCAAGAUAAUAGCUAGCGUGAUAACAGUAUGUCUUUCUAGGUGCGUGUAUGAUUUCUUUUUUUGUUGUUUUGUUUUCUCUAUUUUCUUUGAGGCUCUAGCUCGUACCGUAUUGUAUCCUUGUUGUAUGACAAAAUGUACCGAAUAUGCGAGACGAAAAUCGGUAAAGCGCUCUGCCUGUAAAGUGUAACAACAUAUAUAUUGUGUAAUUGCAAUUGUGGCUGGUGUGUGGGUUUUAAUACCGGCGAAUUCAAACUGCUGUUUCUGUGACACACUUUUCGCGCGCGCACGGCGGCAGUUUCAUUUGUGACGUUCAUAUGCUAUAUCAUGCGCUUUGCAUCUGAAAUAGGAAAAGGAAGCUACCACUUGUGGCCAAACUCUAUCAAGCGGCACGAGCAAACGUCUUGUAUAUCAUGUACAUGUGCUGUGUACGUAUUUUUCUUUGAUUGUGACAGGUGUCUUUUGUACAAUCGUUCCUAUUUAGAUUUGAACUGUUUUUUUUUUGUAAUUUUAAGGCUUUAACAACGCUUAACGCUGUGCCUGCCUGCAUUUUUCAGCACAGAUUAAGUAUCUGAGACUUUUUGAGGACUGUUUUUUUUGUUUCGUACGCCAACGUAGUACGAAUGCCGAGUCAAUAUUUUUUUGUUUUUCUAUAAAUGUAUAUCAUGUCAAAUUUUA